UGGGCCUGCGGCCCGCCCGGCCCUCAGCGCCGCCUCUCCGGGCCCGCCCUAGGCAUCGAGGAGCUGUGCCAGAAGCGGGAGGAGCUGUGCCGGCAGAUCCAGCAGGAGGAGGACGAGAAGCAGCGGCUGCAGUGCGAGGUGAGGCAGCUGACGGAGAGGCUGGCCCGCGUCAACGAGACCCUGGCGCGCAAGAUCGCCUCUCGCAACGAGUUCGACCGGACCAUCGCGGAGACGGAGGCCGCCUACCUCAAGAUCCUGGAGAGCUCCCAGACUCUGCUCAGUGUCCUCAAGAGGGAAGCUGGAAACCUGACCAAGGCCACAGCCUCAGAACAGAAGAGCAGCGGUGGCAAGGACAGCUGACAAGGCUGUUGUGGGCAGGGUCUGCCUCAGUUGUGCCCUGUGCUGACUCAGCCCCCAGCAAGUCUGUUCUCAAAGCAUCUUUGUUCUUCAUGGCAGCAACUGCUUUCUCUAGCUGUCUCGGGAGCUGGGGGGAGUAGCUGCCAACCUCCACUAGCCUCCUGUGACCAUAAAAGCUCUGGGUACAGCCCACCAGGGGGUCCUGGCCCUGUUCACAGAGGCUAUUGAGAUAGUGAGUUGCAGGUCAGCUCUGCAUGAGGUCUCUCUCUCUCUCUCUCUCUCUCUCUCUCUCUCUCUCUCUCUCUCUCUCUCUCUCAGGCCCCUAACUCCUUUGGGCUGCCAGGGAGGCCCUGGUUCUAGUGCCAACACCAUGGGAGUUCCCUCACCUUGUUCUUUCUCAACCAGCAGGGGCCCAGGCCAAGCAAGUGGGGGAGGGAGAUGGGGCCCUCCUUCACCCCAGAACCCAAACCUCUGGGCUCUCCCCAGUGUGCUGUGACUAUGUCAGUAAAGGUUGCCUUUGUAAAGAC